CCAAAUAUAAAUAAGGCAAAAUGGUCGAAAUCAUUUCUAAAACCCUCACCUCAAAACCACGGGCAAAAUCCGUCAAACUAUUCAAUUAAACUCACCUCCUUCCUCUCCCUCAUACCUCAUCUCUCCGUAGCAAUGUCCUCCUCCGACCAACCCCCUCUACCAACGUCCAACACCGAUGAAGAACCAGCAGAACUGAGCAAGAAAGCCGCCAAAAAAGAAGCGGCAAAGCAAGAAAAGCUCCGCAAAAAGCAAGAAGCCGCCGCCGCAGCAGCAGCCGCAGCACUUGCCGAAGCCUCAAUCUCCGACCCUCUCGCUCACAACUACGGCGAUAUCCCUUUAAUCGAACUACAAUCGAAGGCUGUUACGGGACGUAAAUGGAUUGAAGUGAAAUCUCUGGUCACCGAUCUCAAGGAUCAGGAGGUCCUCAUUAGAGGACGAGUUCAGGCCAUUCGCGCUGUUUCCAAGAAAAUGGCGUUUGUUGUUGUGCGAGAAGGUGGUUACACUGUUCAGUGUGUUCUCAUGGUGGCCAAGGAGAAAGUUAGUGAACAGAUGGUUAAGUUUGCUAAUGGUUUGAGCCGUGAGUCCAUUGUUGAUAUUCAAGGUUUUGUUUCUGUUCCUGGUGAAUCCAUUAAAGGCACCUCGCAGCAGGUUGAGAUUCAAGUGCGGAAGAUAUAUUGUAUUAGCAGAGCUGUGCCAACUCUACCUAUUAAUAUUGAGGAUGCCUCGCGGAGUGAAGCCGAGAUUGAAGAAGCUUUGAAGGAUGGAAAACAACUUGUUCGAGUUAACCAAGAUACACGUUUGAAUUACCGAGUCUUAGACUUGAGGACCCCAGCUAAUCUGGCCAUAUUUCAUCUGUCAAGCGAAGUUGGUUAUAUAUAUAGGAGCUUCUUGCGAUCUGAAGGUUUUAUAGAAAUUCAUACACCCAAAUUAAUGGCAGGAACAAGUGAAGGAGGGGCAGCCGUUUUCAGACUUGACUACAAAGGCCAGCCUGCAUGUCUUGCUCAAUCACCUCAACUUCACAAGCAAAUGUCAAUUUCUGGUGAUUUUAGGCGUGUUUUUGAGGUUGGUCAUGUUUUCAGAGCAGAGGACUCCUUUACUCAUAGGCAUCUCUGUGAGUUUACGGGUCUUGAUGCGGAAAUGGAGAUUAAAGAACACUAUUCAGAGGUCAUGGACAUAAUUGACCGAUUGUUUGUGGCUAUGUUUGACCAUUUGAAUGAGAAUUGCAAGGCUCAACUGGAAGCUAUUUCAAGGCAGUUUCCAUUUCAACCUUUGAAGUAUUUGAGGAAGACAUUGCAGCUGACUUUUCUAGAAGGAGUUCAAAUGCUUAAGGAGGCGGGUAUUGAAGUUGAUCCUCAUGGGGACUUCAAUACGGAAACAGAGAGAAAGCUCGGAGAAUUAGUCCGUGACAAAUAUGACACAGAGUUUUACAUUCUCCACCGGUAUCCAUUGGCUGUUAGACCAUUUUACACCAUGCCUUGCCAUGAUGACCCGUCAUACAGCAAUUCUUUUGAUGUCUUUAUACGAGGUGAGGAGAUUAUAUCAGGAGCUCAGCGUGUUCAUGACCCGGAUUUUUUGGUCAAGCGUGCCGAAGCAUGUAAAAUUGAUGUGAAUUCAAUAGCUACUUAUCUGGACUCUUUUAAGUAUGGCGCUUGGCCUCAUGGUGGGUUUGGAGUGGGUUUGGAGCGGGUUGUUAUGCUCUUCUGCAACUUGAACAACAUUAGGAGGACAUCCCUGUUCCCUCGUGAUCCACAAAGGCUUGCACCUUGAUAUUGUUUGCUUGUCAAGAGUAAUAUCAGAUUCCUUGAUAGCUUGAAUCUGUUCUUGGCUACUUAUGCGAGAUUGAAGUUUUGGGACCUGUUGGUCUUGUGUUUUAUUAGGGUGGCAGACAGAAGUACACGAUAUCACAUAAUAGCAGAAGGAAUACUAAAGAGUAACAAAAUUUGAAUGACGCCUCUUUCUUUAUGUUUUGCAUAUUAGCUAUUUCAGGGUGCAACAACUCGUGGCUGUAUAGGCUGCCCUGCCUUUUCUUUCUUUUGUUUCUUCAAGGAGUCUUUUUUUACCAUUACUUGAUGCUCAAGCAGAUUUCCUUGGGCUCAGAGAGCAGAAGUAUCUAUAUAUGGUCCGUUAUCAAUCAAA